CAUUUGUAAAACACAAAAGAAAAAGUAAAAACGCAAGAAAUUAUACAAAUCAUCGCGAAAAUUUGCAAUAUAUAAAAUUUAAAUUGAAAAAUAAAUUAAAUUGUAUUAUCAUUUAACAAGUGAACAUUAAUCAUUUUUUAUAUACGUUCCCCUCAAAACAAAUAAAAGAAAAAUGGCCGGAGCAACUUUAUUCGAACGGGCUCAAGCCUUAUCGAAUGUUAACCGUGAGGAAGGUAUUUCUUUGCUAAAUAAAAUCGUACGCGAACAGGAGGUGGCCGAAAAUGAUGAAGAACUUAUACGUAUCAAGGAACAGGGCAUCUUACAGUUGGGUGAACUCUAUAAACAAGAGGGCAAGGCUAAGGAAUUGGCCGAUUUGAUUAAAGUAACCCGCCCGUUUUUGAGUCUUAUUAGCAAGGCUAAAGCGGCAAAAUUGGUGCGUUCUUUGGUGGAUAUGUUCCUGGAUAUGGAUGCUGGUACGGGUAUAGAGGUGCAACUCUGCAAAGAUUGCAUUGAAUGGUCGAAACAGGAAAAACGUACAUUCUUGCGUCAAAGUUUGGAGGCCCGUUUAAUUGCACUCUACUUUGAUACCGGCAUGUAUACGGAUGCCUUACAAUUGGGUUCACAACUUCUUAAGGAACUUAAGAAACUAGAUGAUAAAAAUCUUUUGGUCGAAGUGCAACUAUUAGAAAGUAAAACCUAUCAUGCUCUCAGUAAUUUGCCAAAAGCUAGAGCUGCUCUUACAUCGGCACGCACCACAGCAAAUGCCAUCUAUUGUCCACCUAAAGUGCAGGCAUCUUUGGAUUUACAAUCGGGCAUAUUGCAUGCAGCCGAUGAGCGUGAUUUUAAAACUGCCUUCUCCUAUUUCUAUGAGGCCUUUGAGGGUUUCGAUAGUGCAGAUAAUGCUAAAGCUUUGACUGCACUCAAAUAUAUGUUAUUGUGCAAAAUAAUGUUGGGUCAUUCGGAUGAUGUUAAUCAAAUUGUUAGUGGAAAAUUGGCUAUUACCUAUUCGGGCCGUGACAUAGAUGCCAUGAAAUCGGUGGCCGAGGCUUCACACAAAAGAUCUUUGGCUGAUUUUCAGGCUGCCCUUAAGGAUUAUCACAAAGAAUUGGCCGAAGAUGUUAUUGUUCAGGCACAUUUGGGCACUUUGUAUGAUACAAUGUUGGAGCAAAAUCUUUGUCGCAUCAUUGAACCCUACUCACGUGUACAGGUCUCACAUGUUGCCGAAUGCAUUAAAUUGCCCAUGCCUCAGGUGGAAAAGAAAUUAUCACAAAUGAUUUUGGAUAAGAAAUUCAGUGGCAUUUUGGAUCAGGGUGAAGGUGUUUUAAUCGUUUUCGAAGAGACCCCCGUUGACAAAACCUACGAAAGAGUUUUAGAAACCAUACACAGUAUGGGCAAAGUUGUCGAUACUCUCUAUCAAAAGGCCAAGAAAUUGUCAUAGAUAUAAAUCGUUUUAAAUAAGAAACAACAAACAUUUAUAAAUCAACAACAACACAAAAUUAUUAUAACUUCUUUUUUUUUUAAACAAAACAAAAUCAAUAAUCUAUA